CUAUCAGUGUUACUGAUCUGCCAUUUUGUAUCUCUCUCAGCCGCUGCUCAGACCUGCUCAGAGCUGCUGAGACAGAAACAUGCGAACGAUCACCUCACUUGUUAAUCAGCAUCUUUAAAUCAUAGUACAUUACAUUAUUGUUGGUAUAGAUUGACGUUAGUCUCGGCGGGCUGACUGUGAUCCUCGUGUAAUCACCUGAUCGUCGUGUUAGACUUCAUCUUGUUGACGUUAGCAGCGGAGCUAACGCUAGCCAGCUAGCUUAGCUUAGCUUAGCUUGUUAGCUUCCUGAAGCUACCAGCGGAGUCUGUGUGGUGAAAUGGCGGCCAACACGGCACAAGCAACCUCCACUACAAACUGGUCCUAUGGCGGUGCUGGAGAUGGCCAGGUACAUGAAAACCCAGAAUGGGAGAAAGCAAGACAAGCACUAGCAUCCAUUAACAAGAGUCAGAGCUCUGCUAAGACUGCACAAGCCAACCGGACAGCCACAGCAGAGGCUGGUCAGUUUCAGCCAGCAGUGACUGACUCUGCUGCCAUGCAGCAACAGCAACAGCAACAGCAGCAACAACAGCAGCAGCAGCAGCAGCAGCAGCAGCAGCAGCAACAGCAGCAGUACUAUCCAUGGUACCAGCAAACUCAGCAGCAUUAUCCUGGAUACACAUAUCCCUAUAACUACUACUACCCCAUGGGUCCAUAUGGAGCUGCAUAUCCACCAAAUCAGUAUGGUGUACCCCCAGGGCCUUACCCGGGAACUCCCUCCUCUAAUGGACAGCCUCCACCGGUGCCUGGAAUGGAAGACCAGUCCUCCGGCUACCCCUCUCAAUCACAACCUGUUCCCCCUGCUACUCCCCAGCCACCCCACAGCCCAACCACCUCAGAGAAACCCCCUCCUCCUCCUCCCCCAACUAUUCCUCCCCCACCCAACUCCCAGUACCCCCCUCCUCCAUCACAGAAUGCUUACAGUGCCAAUAACUCCAUGUCAUACCCACCUGGUGACCCCAACCAAAUGCAAGUUUACAAUCAUUCCCAGGGAAGGCCUAACUAUGGACAGGGCUUCCAGGCCCAGAACACCUAUCAGCCCUCUCAGAAUACCUCCCAGCAGCAACAGCAGCCAGGCCAGUAUGUACCAGGGCUUGGCAGAGGGGAGGCCAACAAAACCAAAAACCAAAAACAAGGACAGCAACUGUGGCACCGCAUGAAACAGGCACCUGGGACAUCUUCUGUGAAGUUCAAUAUUCACAAGAGGCCCUAUCAGGUUCAGUGUUCUCCGAUGUCCAAUCAGACUUUCCCUCCAGGCGAGCAGCCCUCAGGAUUGAAUCCAGCUCCCUCCUCCCCGGCUUCUGCCAGUGCUUCACCCGGAGGUGCUCAGACACGACCUCAGGACUGGCCCCAAGCCAUGAAGGAAUACGUGCAGCGCUGUUUUACAGCCUGUGAGUCAGAGGAGGACAAAGAUCGUACAGAGAAGGUGCUGAAGGAAGUUCUGCAGGACCGGCUGAAGGAUGGCUCCGCUUACACCAUUGAUUGGACUCAUGAGCCAUUGCCAGAACUGAAGAUCAAGCAGUCUCGUUGGGAAAAUGUUCAAUCCCAGAGGACACCAGAUGGCUCGAUGAGCCGUGGUGGAAGUACAGCAGCUGCAUCUCCAAGAGGCAGGGGUGGUGGACACAGAUUGGGCCACUACAGGAAUAUAUUUUCUCAAAGGAGUCCAUCUUCGAGUUCCUCUCGCUCCUCCUCCCGCUCCCCAUCCCCCUCCCACGGCCGACACAGGGACCGCAGUAAUCAAAGGCACAGACGCAGUGAUUCUGGCUCUCAGUCAGACAGCAGCAUCUCCAGUGACCUCCGACCUCAGCUGUCACGACGAAGAGGCGCCCGUGGUCGUGGUAAUGACAGGGAUAGAGGCCGUGGAGGUGGAGAGAGAGGACGAGGAAGAGGAGGAAAAGCAAACAGAGGAAGACGAAACAUGGACGAUUCCAACGCAGGUGUUGGAAAGAAGAGGAAAGGUGGCAACGCUGGACUGGAUUUCCACGACCCCAACAGAGAGGCCAAGAAGCAGAGCAGAGCGGCUCGUUUCCACAAGCAGCUUCGCUCAGAGCCCCUGGUUCUCUCCAUCAAUUCCCUCGACUUACCUGAUGGAACACAGGAGGGCCUCAGCUGGGAGGACUGCCCCAUUGUGGGGACAUGCCAGGACAUCAACAAGUCCUACCUGAGGCUCACCUGUGCCCCGGACCCCUCGACUGUGCGCCCUGUGCAUGUCCUGAGAAAAUCUCUGCAGGCUGUGAAAAUCCACUGGAAAACCCACCAGGACUACACCUACGCCUGCGAACAGAUGAAGUCCAUACGACAGGACCUCACGGUCCAAGGAGUUCGUACUGAGUUCACAGUGGAAGUGUACGAGUGUCAUGCACGCAUUGCCCUGGAGAAGGGAGACCACGAAGAGUUCAACCAGUGCCAGACCCAGCUGAAGGCCCUGUAUAAGGACAAUCCCUCAGAGAACAUCGGAGAAUUUACAGGAUAUAGAUUGAUGUAUUACAUCUUCACUAAGAAUUCUGGAGAUCUCACCACUGAGUUAACCUACUUGACCCCGGCACUGCGGGCAGAUCCUUGCGUGGCUCAUGCUCUUGCACUCCGCGCUGCCUGGGCGUUAGGAAACUAUCGCCGUUUCUUUAAGCUGUACCGGGAAGCGCCGCGCAUGGCUUCAUACCUCAUUGACAAGUUUGUAGAGAGGGAAAGAAAGGCUGCGCUUCGGGCCAUAUUCAAAACGUUCAGGCCCGAUUUGCCGGUGCAGUAUGUGGAGUCCAAUCUGGGCUUCACUUGUUUAGACUCCUGUUUGGCCUUUCUUACUGGGCUAGGUGUCACCUUCUACCCCUGUGACCCCCAUAAAAUAGACUGCAAAGCCAGCACAGCUGCUUUGGCUGCCUCCUGAGGGUGUUGGGGGGGUAGCACCAUGAAGGGACCAUCAUGGAUCCUUACAUAUACAAUGCACUGCACUUCAGACACCUCAGCCUGUUCAGAUAGAGUAGUUGGCAAACUAACAACUAUAGAAGACCCAUAUAGAAAGAUACGUGCUAGAAUAAUUCUGCUGCAAGAUUCAGAUUUCAGAUGUAAUUUAUGACACUCAGAUAAUUUAAAGGAGGAGUCCGCACACACUGUCACUCAAAUAUUGUAGGCUAGCCUGAUGCCCAAGUGAUCCCACUACAUUUAUAAUGCCAGAAAAGUGAGUUUAGAUUUGGGAUUAACAUGUAAUCUCAGCGUUUAGAGGCCAAGAAGUCACAGAACCAGAUCAGGGAGGCACCCUCAUGGUUCCUGUUCCGUAACCACCAUCAGAUGUCAAAGCUAACAGUGUUCUGUUAUGUUUUUUCCUUCCUCAAGUCAACAGCUCCAAGACCUGAAGAUUCAAUCCUUGCCAACCAAAAGGGAAAAUACAAACAGAUGUCCUUCAAGUCAAUCAUCCAGCUCUCCUGUUUGAAGUCAUGCCUACAGAUUCAGGUCAAUGUUCCUCUUAGAGACUGUGAGACAACAUGAUGAGAAGAUGUCUGAAAGAAGAAGAGGUGGUGGUUUGUAUGUCCCUGUCCUGCGCCUGGUUUCCUCAAGGUAUCUACAGUUGGCUGUGCAUCCUGUUCCUUGCAUCUCCCCCCCCGUUAAUCAAAUGGACUGAAGUCUUGUUCCUGAUUGAAUUAAGUGGUAUUCAUUCGCUCAUGAAAUCGUUGGCCAGCUUUGGGGAAAAGUCUCAAUCUGCUGAGCAUUGACUUUGUCUAUGAUAAAGGAUAAGCUGAGCUCCAUCUCCAGAAGAGGCAGAGAGGGAAUCUGCUUCCAUCAUCCUCAGGUAGAAAUCCUGCCAGCACCUGGAAUCCAGCAGAACCCCGACCAACACAGCAAAGUCAUGAAGCCCAUCUGUGAUCCAUGUCGGCCGUCUUUUACCUCACCAGCUGCUUUAAUCAAAAGAAACAUCUUUAAAUACAGCUGAAGGUGAAUCCUGCGCGGUGGAUUAUCAGCGGGAAACCUGCUGCUGCCUCAAGAAGGAGUAACAACGAGUGGUUUGUAUGCUACAUCUGGCUCUGGUGUUUGCGAGGCUGGUAAGCGAGAGGGACUUCUCUGGAAGGAGGUGGAUGACGGCACAACAGAGAUGUUACCUCACAUCUCUUCUGUGUUUAAUGUUCUCUGUCUCUGUCUUUUGAACAGCAGUAGUAAAAUACACAUUAUUAUGACAAUUUACACGUUGAUAUUGAUGAAUUAAGUAUCAUAACAAAUUUGACAAUAUCCUAAAAUGCCAAACAAUAGCACAAGUAAGAUCCCAGAAAUUUACUGCACAUGUAUUUGUGCUGUCUGAAUGGUAAAGUAUUUAAAACGAUGUAGACAGUAAUUUAAUAAAGAGGGAGAUGACUAGUGCUUUUAUUUCCAUUUUUCCAGUUAUGAUGGAUUUUCUAAAGUAAAAGCUGCAGUUGUAGCCUAUUUACCUUAAAUACGAGUUGUAGUGGAGUUAGUUCAUUCUGAUGUGAUUCUGGUCCAUUUAUCUUGAGGAGGAUUGUGCUUUCCAGGACAUAGAAUAAUAUUGGUUGAUUAUUUUUGGGUGAUAAUCGGGAAAAAUGUGUACAACAAUACUUAAUAGUAGUGAUUAGACGGCUCGAACAUGUCCCCCUUAACCAACACAACCUUUCACACUGAAUACAUUUGGUCCUGCUUUCCACCAUAUGCUAUCAUUUGGAUCCUUAUAGGAUAACUUAGCAGAAAUUGAAAACACAGGUCGACAUUGUUCCUUAUAAUUUGUGUUUUUUUAAUUUAAUUUUUUUAUUUGAACAGUAUUAAUUACCACUGUAGAAAUAUUGAGCCUGAGGUAUUUAAGAACAUGAGUGUAAUGCAGGCUUUGCUGUACAAUCUAUGUUAACUUGUCUACAGAGUAUAUUUUUGUAAAUAUUGUAUGAUAUUGCUGUGAUUUCUUUUCAAUUAGUGCAUAGUGUAGGUUUUUUUAUUCACACAAGGGGUAAGUGUGAUUUUGUUUUUCCCCCUGGGUUUUGCAAAACUCUCCUUAGACCAUUUAUGUGAAUAUGUAAAGUUAAAUGCAGACAGGUCUUGAUUGGGAUGUGUGCUAUGUCUUCAUCAGAGUGGGUGUAGUGGUGGAGUUGAUAAUUGCCAGUUUCCAGUGCUAGUUUCUCUCAGUACAGCCUGAAAACAUUAGCACAGGCUCUUAAACCAGAUUGUGGUGAGAUUUAAUGCUCAAUUUCCAGUGAUAUGACGAAAUAUUGUCCCUUCAGGCCUGUUUUGUGGCAGUUUUGUGUUGGUAGAUUGUUCCAUGCAAAAUAUACUCGGCAAACACACGUAAUGUUAACGCCUUCCACAAAGGGAAAAAAUGUCCAUCAGAUGGACAUAAACCUUCUUGUAAACCUGUUUGUCAAAGUGUUGAUUGUUGACCAUUACUUCAGCAAACAUUUUGUAACGAUCUCAACAUGUUUUCUUUCUUUCCCCUUCAUUUACCUGAUCCCCUGUCCUCUUUGCUAUCCCCCUCCCCUCGCUCCCUAAACCCUUUCUCUCACACACCACCAGACCUCUCAUUCUUCAGCUCGUGGCUCUGCUGCAUUGCAGGAGCACAUGGAGCGAUGAUAAGUGGGCGAACCACCUCCAGACGCCAGCCGGAGAGAGUGAAUUGUGAGCAAUCCGAGUCUUGGUUUGACCCACUCGAGUUGAAGUCUCACAGCUGAUGAAAUACAAGGGGGAGCCUCACAUAAUGAAAUGUGGAAAAUGCUGCUGCUAACGUGAUUCACUGCUAACCCAAAUAUUUAACAUGUCUUUCUGUGCAACAUGAUGCCUGUUAAGUUUUUAAAAACAAUGUUUGAGGAUUGACGAAGUCACCAUGUACUGCUGUUUUCUGUUUGUCCAGAUGCAUUUCUAUUUGUUUAACUUGCCGACAGUUUGCUGGUAAAAUUUAACGUCAUUGAGUGUUUGUUUUCUUUCCCCUUAUUUAAUAAUAGUUUGGAAUAAUUUGGCCGCUUGGGUCCGUUACAGAGUUGCAUUAGAGCCUCGAGAGUUUAAUCCCUCAUCUGAAAAAAUGUGUCUGGACAUACAGAACAUGUUGUUAUCCUCGAAAUCCACAUAAAUCUAGUAAAAAAUAUAUAUUUUCCUUUAGUAUGCAGUUAUCUUUAAGCAAAGUUUCUUAUUUGACAAGUGCUGGCGCGCGCUCCCAUGCUAAAAAAUGACUUUGUUUUCUUAUGUAAAUGAGCUGACAGUAGUUUGUUGCCUCUGGUUUGUUUAAAUGUAAUAUGUUUUAGCCUACACACGUUUAAAGUGUGUACAUCUGAUGUCUCAGGUUUUCAGCAUUGAUACAGCCCAGGAUGUUUGCUUUGUUGUUUAUUUUGUUCUUUUGUUUUUAAGUAGAAAAUUCACCCCCAGACAACUAACAAUACACAUUUUCAUUUUGGAUGUUAUGUUUUUCCUCUCCGAUGCCUGAGUCAUGUUUUCAGUAUUUUUUGCUCCCAUGUUACUGUAUACCUCCCAUCAGUCUUUGUAACUCCUUCCUUGAUAUUUACUGGAAGAACUCCCUGUGUCCCUCACCUCUGCUCUGUUCAUUUCCUGCCAUUUCCUUUGAAUUAGUCUGUUCUCACUUUCUCUCUUAUUUCCUCUCCCUGCAUGCCGUCCUCUCCUGCUCUCUCCUAAAAUAUAACCAGUGUUCCUUCUCUCCUCAUUCUUCUCUUCUCCUUUUACGUUGAGUAUGUUUGUGACCGUUUGCCGUGUGCAACUAGUCACUCUCACUAGUAAGUAUUGUAUUGCGUCUGCAAUGCUUUAAUAGUUUAUGUUGCAGCUCACUAACAACUGAAGCUGAAGGUUUAUCUGCAAUGCCUCCUCCCUAUCUACAGAUCUGACAUGAUAAACUGCCAUUUUGUAAAUAUUGUGUAUAUAUAUUUUUCGAAAAAAUCUAAUAAACUUCAAGUAUAAAGUG